UCACUGGUAAGUUUUCAAACUAAGUUGUAACGUAAAAGUACGUUCCGUAUCCUCGCAAACCUUCAAAGAUGACUCAUUUCUUUACAGUACCCUUUAAUUUUAGGGCUGAUCAACCGAACUGUGUAUAAAAGGCUCUCAGUAACGUUACAGAGCGUUCAAAUAGGUCAUACUAUAGGUUGGUAUAAAGUACAUGUACAUGAUAUACAGUUCACUUCCGGGUUUGGCAGAAGUGCGCAGUUUGAAAUGGGAGGCCAGCUGCGGAGUUCCCAACACUUUGUGUGGCGACUGUGCGAGCCUCUUGGUGUAGGAGCCACCUCAACGGUGUACAAAGGAGUGGAGAAGGCCUCAGGUCGACCAUGUGCAGUCAAAUGCUUCAACAGUCUGAGUUACAGCAGACCACGGGAAAUACAACAGAGGGAAUUCGAAGUUCUCAAAAAGCUAAAACACAGAAACAUCGUGCAGCUCCUUGCAAUAGAGGAAGAGAGUUCUUCCCGAGUGCGGGUGAUUGUGACGGAGUACUGUGGCGGCGGGAGUCUCUACACACUUCUGUCUCAGCCGGAAAACUCGCGAGGUCUACCGGAACCAGACUUUCUUACAUUCCUCUUCGACAUUUCCGAUGCAAUGAAGUACCUCCGUGCGAACGGUUUCGUCCACCGCGAUCUGAAGCCCGGUAACAUCCUGAAGACAGUGGACGAGGCGGGCAGAACGGUUUUUAAACUUACCGACUUCGGCGCAGCAAGGUCGCUACAGGACGACGAGAUGUUCAGGACCAUCUGUGGAACAGAGGAAUUUCUGCAUCCUGAGAUAUAUGCACGCGCACUCCUACAGAAGAACAAGGGCCAGUCAUUCCGAGCUACAGCCGACCUGUGGAGCAUCGGCGUCACUAUCUACCAGGUGGCCACGGGCAGUCUGCCUUUCCAACCGUACGGAGGACCACGGAGGGACCGGGAGACUAUGUUUAAGAUUGCUACAAGGAAAGGGAAGGGAGUCAUUUCCGGAGUCCAGAUUGAGAAGAACGGACACAUCAUUUGGAGCAAGGAGCUUCCAAACACAUGUGAACUGUCAGGGUCAUUGAAGGCACUUCUCACGCCUAUACUGGUCAGACUUCUCGAGAGUGACCAGUCCAGAGAGUGGACGUACGACGGCUACUUCUCGGCCGUGGAGGAGAUCCAGACCAGCAGGGUGGUGGACGUCUUCAUGUUCCGGACAGGGCGGGUGGAGAAACUCUACAUGCACGGAGAGAGCACGUUAGCAGAGUUUCAAGAAGAAGUAGCGUCUAAGACGGACGUCAGGGCCUCAGAGCAGCAAUACUUCUUGAAGGGGAGACCCUUCUGUCCGGACCCGCUGCAAACUCUGUCCUCGUGGACACAAACAGACGACAGGGAGCCUCUGAUUCUGGUGACAUCCAUGGACGAUGACUCCAGGAGCUGUGUUGUUCCAAGUGUCGGCAACAUUCCGGAGUUUCCCUACAAACCAUCUCUUCAAGAAGAUGCGGAAACUGCAAAGGAAAUCAUGUUCGUCGUUCACAAAGUCAGAAGAGCAUCUUGUCAAUUGAGGGAUAUUGCAACACUGCGCUGGGCGGCGGUCGAGUGCGUCGUGCACUUGCUACGUGCAGACUUUGAAAGCCUCAUGAAUCACGUGACCGGACUGCACAUCACAAAGUCUGCCUUAGACACCGCUUCCCAGACGGUCCAUCAGCUGCAAGAGGUGUGCAGCAGCAGUCCCCCAGACGGUCGUGGAAACGGCAACGAGAUGUCUGAGAAAUCCCCAUCGGGUCAUCUUGGCGCGUCGUCAGGCGAUAACACCAGUACUCAGCUCGCUGAGCUGGAAAAAGAGUUUGCGGACAUGACUGACAUCAUGAUGCUGCUUGAAGGCCGACUGGAAGGUGACGAAGCUUUCAGACUCCCUCUCCCCAGCACCGACACACUGGCAGACAUGGACACCACCUCGUCUAGGAUACAUCACAUUGAAGAGGAAAUCUCCAAGAUCCACCAGGAAUUCCAACGGCAAAGAAAAGAAGCCAGACUGGCCUAUCAUGAUGAAAAAAUCCAUAGUCUGGCAAGGGAAAGAAUUCGUGUGGAGGGUGAGAAAGCACGCUCCGUUUAUCUGAAGGAGUGUUCGUCAAUAUUCCAGCAAGUAUGGACGAAAACAUCCACCAUCAUGAAGAGGUGUGUGGAGUACCAGACCGAGAUCAAAGAGACACUUCGACUUAUUGAUGUCUGGAUCAGUCAAACAGCCUCCUGUCUGAAAGAGCUUAAUAAGCAAGCCGAUGACUGUGCCAGUCUAAGAAAGUCAUCAGACAGAAGUAACACAUCAACACGCUCUGUUACUGAAGAGGAAAAGGAAAAACAGACGAGGAGACAAUUGGAAGAUAAGAAAGCUCUACAACAACGGAUGCACGAGUUAGCGAGGAGCCAGAAGGAAAUAGAACUGGAAGCAGAAGUCAGCAAAUCUCUUCUUGAGAGUCUGACAGUCAUCAUUGAUAGUGACGAUACACAACUGAGCUCCACUCCAAAGCUGGAGGACACCAGGGAACAGUCAGACAUUGCGUAUCCGCCAUCUUGGACAAGUUCUGCAAGUUCGGGUUCGAAGGGCAGUAUUGACACUGAUACUUCAUAGACAUUCCAGUCUUUAAUAUGCAGCUAAAUCAUUUUUCCUAUGUAUCACACGUUAGACAAUAAAAACAAAUACAAAUGUUAAUUUUGAUAUUUGUACAUAUCAGAAUCUUAUAAAAUGGUGUUUCCACCUGUAAAAAGAGAUAGUAGAAACUUGUAUAAACAAUUUCGUAACCGAAUCCUAUAAACUUGAACUUUCAACUUGGCGUUAUGUUAGUUGAUGUUACAUAUAUGUAGUGCAGUACAUGUUUUGAAAAUUAUAUAUUCGAAUGAAAUUGUUUUAGGAUUUUUAUUGUUGAAUCAGAAUAUUUUGACACGUCUCUUACAAAACUAUGACAAUUUGUAAGCAUAAUCAAUUUAUGGAAUCAUGCUAUUGUAAAUAGUCUCACAAUUAAGACUUCUAAUACGUCCAGGAGACAUAUGCAUGUUCGUCAUGUUGUAGAUAUGAUCUAAUUAGUCUACUACUAUCGCAUUUGUAUCAUAUUGAUUUUCAUUGAAUUGCGUUACAUAUAAACAAUGCACUUUUUCAAGUAUUUUUGUGUCAUAAGAGAAAAUGUGUUCUAUCAUAAUGCAAAAUAUACUAUAAAUA